GCUAUGAGAGAGUAAUUUAGAACAAAACGCGCGUGUAGUGUUGGAAGACUUUUGGCAUCUCUGUGGGUAUUCUCCCUGGGCACGACAGGUUUUUCGCUUAAACCACGUAGGUACCGUUACAUGCGGUACACUGUGAGAGAGUCUCACAAGUGGGGGCCCCAGCAGUGGCGUAGCCAGGGGGAGGAUUUAGGGGUUAAACCGUAUUCUCAAGCUAAGUGAACUAAAAUUUAUUUCUGACUACGUCCCUGGGGUACAGCACCGAAAAAGAAACCCCAAGUGGGGGAAGAGCUCUGCACCAGCAGAGCGUGUGUGGAUCCCACUCUCGGUGUUCUCCUCCAGUGUCGGCAGUACUGGAUGGAUCUCGAUCGUGGUCAGACACUCAGCGUUCAAAGGCGGUUUUCAAAGUGAUUUCUGAUUUCAAAAGUCUCUCAUACCUCUCUCUCUUGCUAUUUGCUACCUAAGAGACAGAAGAAGUGUUUCGAUCACCUUGAUGUGAAUGAGUGAGUGUACUACAAUGGUGUCCACGGAGGCGUGAUCUCGUGCUAUUUUGGUGGUGAUAAAUUCGCAUUCCCACAGACGGUUCCCGCGGGAAGCAGCAGUGCGCGCGAAUUUUUGGGUGACAAAGUGCACCACGUUGGAUAAUGCUGUAAAGAUGAAUAAUAUGGUGCCCGUAGUUUUUCCAUGGCGAAGAAGAAGACCCGUUUGGCUGCUUCUUCUGGCAACAUUUGCCAUCUUAGUCACACCAACCAGUGGAAAUGAAGAAGAAAAAAUUCUGAGUCACACCGAGAAGCAGAGAUACGAUGGAUGGUACAACAAUCUCGCACAUCCUGAUUGGGGUUCUGUUGAUACUCACCUGGUGAGAAAGGCUCCGUCUGCCUAUUCAGAUGGUGUCUACGCACUGGCCGGCGCCAAUCGGCCAUCUCCAAGAAGACUGAGUAGAUUAUUUAUGCGUGGCGUCGAUGGAUUAGCCUCCAAGUCAAAUAGGACGGCAAUUUUGGCUUUCUUCGGCCAGGUCGUUACGAAUGAAAUCGUGAUGGCAUCAGAGUCGGGCUGCCCAAUUGAGAUGCACCGCAUUGAGAUUGAGAAAUGUGAUCAUAUGUAUGACAAGGAGUGCCGAGGUGACAAGUACAUCCCAUUCCAUCGUGCUGCCUACGACAGGGAGACGGGUCAGAGCCCCAAUGCGCCCCGUGAGCAGAUAAAUCAGAUGACGGCAUGGAUUGAUGGGAGUUUCAUCUACAGCACCUCCGAAGCUUGGCUAAAUGCCAUGCGAUCAUUCCAAAAUGGCACCCUCCUCACCGAUCAAACGGGUCAGAUGCCCGUGAGGAAUACAAUGAGGGUGCCACUCUUCAAUAAUCCCGUGCCACACGUUAUGCGGACUCUCAAUCCCGAGCGACUCUUCUUGCUUGGAGAUCCACGAACAAACCAAAAUCCAGGCUUACUCUCCUUUGCCAUCCUCUUCUUCCGCUGGCACAAUGUCCUGGCACGAAGGAUUAAGAAGCAACAUCCCACAUGGACGGAUGAGGAUAUUUUUCAACGAGCUCGAAGGAUUGUUAUUGCUUCUCUGCAGAAUAUUAUUCUCUACGAGUACCUACCUGCCUUUCUGGACACUGAGAUACCGCCGUACAGAGGAUACCAACAGGAUACGCAUCCGGGUGUAAGCCAUAUGUUCCAAUCGGCUGCUUUCCGUUUCGGGCACACAAUGAUCCCGCCGGGAUUCUAUCGACGUGAUGGGAAGUGCAAUUACAGAACAACAGCCAUGGGGUACCCAGCUGUGAGACUCUGCACAACCUGGUGGGAUUCCAAUGAGGCCCUCUCAAUUACAACAAUCGAGGAAAUUCUAAUGGGUUUAGCAUCACAAAUAGCCGAAAGGGAGGAUGCUGUUCUCUGUACGGAUGUCCGGGAUAAGCUAUUUGGUCCAAUGGAAUUCACCCGACGUGAUCUAGGGGCGCUAAAUAUCAUGCGUGGGCGAGAUAAUGGCCUACCGGACUAUAACACAGCCAGGGCGGCAUUCAAGCUUCCCCGCGUAAAGUCCUGGAAGGAAAUAAAUCCGGAAUUCUUUGAGAAAAAUCCCGAAAUAAUGGAACUCCUUGUGUCGGUGUACUCAAAUCAAUUGGAUAAUGUGGAUGUCUAUGUGGGUGGGAUGUUGGAAUCAGCCGGGAAGCCCGGUGAACUCUUCUCCACGGUCAUUGUGGAGCAAUUUACGCGUAUUCGCGAUGCUGAUCGCUUCUGGUUUGAGAAUGAGGAAAAUGGAAUCUUUACUGCUGAGGAAAUUGCGGAGCUACGGAAGAUAACUCUCUGGGAUAUCAUUGUCAAUGCGACGGACAUUAAACCAGGGGAGAUUCAGAAGAAUGUUUUCAAGUGGACAAAUGGAGAUCCCUGCCCGCAGCCAAUGCAACUGAAUGCAACCGAAUUGGAGCCCUGUAGUUAUCUUCAGGGCUACGACUACUUUUCUGGUUCCGAAUUAACUUUCAUCUAUGUGUGCGUUUUUCUGGGCUUUGUGCCCAUCCUGUGUGCUGCUGCUGGGUAUGGGGUUGUAAAGUUGCAGAAUAGCAAGAGACGCAAGCUCAAGAUUCGCCAAGAGACACUCCGUAAUAAAUCCAAUCAUAAAGGAUCCGUGGACAAGAUGAUCGCUCGUGAGUGGCUCCAUGCAAAUCACAAACGUCUCGUUACGGUUAAAUUUGGUCCAGAAGCAGCCAUUUACACAGUCGAUCGCAAAGGGGAGAAAUUGCGUACGUUCAAUCUAAAAAAUGUUGACUUGAUCACAGUUGAGGAGUCCCAGUCAAAUUAUUCCCAGAAGAGGCCAUACAUUCUCCUACGUGUGCCAAAUGAUCAUGAUCUUGUGCUGGAACUCGAAUCAAUCACGCAGCGCAGGAAAUUUGUGAAGAAACUCGAAGAUUUCCUCAUUUUGCACAAAAAGGAAAUGACCAUCAAUGAGUCCAAUCGAGAUAUUAUGUUGGCCAAGGCAGAAACACGAGAACGACGUCAAAAGAGAUUGGAAUACUUCUUCAGGGAAGCCUAUGCGCUAACAUUUGGAUUGAAGCCAGGAGAACGGCGUCGUCGCUCAGAUGUUUCCUCAGAUGGUGAAGUAAUGACUGUGAUGAGAACAAGCUUGUCAAAGGCUGAAUUUGCAUCGGCUCUGGGAAUGAAAUCGGACGAUAUGUUUGUGCGGAAAAUGUUCAAUAUCGUCGACAAGGAUCAGGAUGGUCGAAUCUCCUUUCAGGAAUUUCUCGAAACAGUGGUGUUAUUCUCGCGCGGGAAGACGGAAGACAAGCUCCGGAUUAUCUUUGAUAUGUGCGACAACGAUAGGAAUGGUGUGAUUGAUAAGGGGGAGCUGAGCGAGAUGAUGCGUUCCCUUGUUGAGAUUGCGCGCACAACAAGCCUGGGGGAUGAUCAGGUGACGGAACUAAUUGAUGGGAUGUUCCAAGAUGUUGGCCUGGAGCACAAGAAUCAUCUCACCUAUCAGGAUUUCAAGUUGAUGAUGAAGGAGUACAAGGGGGAGUUUGUGGCCAUUGGGCUGGAUUGCAAGGGGGCCAAGCAGAACUUCCUCGAUACAUCGACAAAUGUUGCGCGCAUGACGUCAUUCCACAUUGAGCCAAUGAUGGACUCAAGACGCCACUGGAUGCUCGAGAAGUGGGAUAGCUACACGACAUUCCUUGAGGAGAAUCGCCAAAAUAUCUUCUACCUGUUCUUGUUCUACGUCGUAACCAUUGUGCUGUUCGUUGAGCGAUUCAUUCACUAUUCCUUCAUGGCGGAACAUACGGAUCUGAGGCAUAUCAUGGGUGUUGGCAUUGCCAUUACACGUGGCUCAGCAGCAUCGUUGUCCUUCUGCUAUUCCUUGUUGCUGCUAACAAUGUCACGGAAUCUCCUGACGAAGCUCAAAGAAUUCCCCAUACAGCAGUAUAUUCCACUGGAUUCGCACAUUCAAUUCCACAAAAUUGCUGCCUGUACUGCUUUAUUCUUCUCCCUGCUGCACACAGUGGGGCACAUUGUGAACUUCUAUCAUGUCUCCACGCAGAGUAUUGAGAACCUUCGUUGCCUCACGCGUGAAGUUCACUUUACCUCAGACUACAAGCCAGACAUCAGUUUUUGGCUCUUCCAGACCGUCACGGGAGUCACGGGGGUGAUUCUCUUCAUCACCAUGUGCAUAAUUUUUGUCUUUGCCCAUCCCACAAUCCGGAAGAAGGCUUACAAGUUCUUCUGGAAUAUGCAUUCACUCUUCAUCCUACUCUACAUUCUCUGUCUCAUCCACGGACUGGCCAGACUGACGGGACCACCGCGGUUUUGGCUCUUCUUCAUUGGACCCGGAAUUAUCUACACGCUGGACAAGAUUGUCUCUCUGCGUACAAAGUACAUGGCUCUGGAUGUGAUGGAAACGGAUCUCCUCCCGUCUGAUGUGAUUAAAAUUAAAUUCUAUCGCCCGCCGAAUCUCAAAUAUCUCUCCGGGCAGUGGGUGAGGUUGUCGUGCACAGCCUUCCGUCCGCAGGAGAUGCACAGCUUCACACUCACCUCGGCGCCACAUGAGAACUUCCUGAGUUGCCACAUAAAGGCACAGGGACCGUGGACGUGGAAGUUGCGCAACUAUUUCGAUCCGUGCAACUACAACCCCGAAGAUCAGCCAAAGAUUCGCAUUGAGGGGCCCUUUGGGGGAGGGAAUCAGGAUUGGUAUAAGUUUGAGGUGGCCGUAAUGGUGGGCGGUGGUAUUGGGGUGACGCCCUAUGCGUCCAUCCUCAAUGACUUAGUCUUCGGUACCAGUACAAAUCGCUACUCAGGUGUGGCGUGCAAGAAAGUCUACUUCCUCUGGAUAUGCCCGUCGCACAAGCACUUUGAAUGGUUCAUCGAUGUGCUGCGCGAUGUGGAGAAGAAGGAUGUGACCAAUGUCCUCGAGAUUCAUAUUUUCAUCACACAAUUCUUCCAUAAGUUCGAUCUACGAACGACAAUGUUGUACAUCUGCGAGAAUCACUUCCAGAGAUUAUCAAAAACAUCAAUGUUCACAGGUUUGAAGGCUGUUAAUCACUUUGGUCGCCCAGAUAUGUCGAGUUUUCUCAAAUUUGUACAAAAGAAGCAUUCUUAUGUGUCGAAGAUUGGUGUCUUCUCAUGUGGACCACGUCCACUCACGAAAAGUGUCAUGUCUGCCUGUGAUGAGGUCAACAAGGGUCGCAAAUUGCCCUACUUUAUUCACCACUUUGAGAACUUUGGAUAGUGCUUCCAUGAUUAACAUUAUUUCUAAUAAUUAUAUUUUUUGAUUGAUACAAAUUGUGUGCGCGGGAGAUGAUGAUAAGAAACAAAAAUUCGUGUGUGUAAAUUCCUCCAUUUAAUUUAUUUUAUUUUUUAUGGCAAUUUUUACAUUUAUCAAGUUAUGUUAAUUUGUAGUUAUUGCUGUUAGGAUUUGUAAUUUUUUUUAUAUAGACGUUGUAAACAAUUGAAUUGGAAUGAUUUUUUUUAUUAAAGAGAGAGAUGAACGCCAAA